AAGAAAGCUGCAAAAGCGCAGGCAUCACCUGCUUCUCUUUUAUUUCCUCGUAUCGUGGAGGAGGUUGUGAAUAAUUACAGAUAAAUACAUACUUGUAACAGUCAAACUGUAAUGACAGAUCCAACUUACUGAGACAUAAAGUUGAGAGCGACGCUGAACUACGCAUUCACGAAUAAUUGAUAUCAUAAUGCGCAUGAAGGGGACGCGCGCUGAGGAAACCGUCGGAGUAGCUUUUGAACGUGAGAGCAGGUGGCUCAGUUAUGGGAAAACGGGCCUCUAUGGAUAUCCAACGAGGUAAUUUCACAUAUUACCUAAUAAAUAUUGGUAAAAACCAGCGAGAUUAGCAGAAAUUUCUCUUUUAUCACUUUAAUCGUUGAAAAUAAAAAGUGAAUAAUUGAAAAUAAUACAAAAUAACUAAAACUGGAGACUAUAAUUUUAGAUAUUACUAUGGAUAGUGGAAGAGAAAUAUGACAUAUUUAAUCUUGCGACUGUGAAUUAUUUUUUAAGUACCUAUUUAUAGAUAGAGAUGUAGAUUUAAACAAUGUGUACGCUUGGAAUUACAACCUGCUGAAGUUUAUGGGUAUCUGGCCGGAAGAGAGGAAAUGGAACCGAACUUCCAGUUACCUCGUUCUAUUACCGUGUAUCAUAAUGCUGUGCUUCGCAUGUGCUCCACAAACAAUUAACCUUCCUAUGAUCGCCGGUGACUCUGAUUUGGUGAUCGAGAAUCUAUCGACUAAUAUUACCGUCAUGGUUUCCCUCAUGAAGACUCUGACUGUUUGGAUCAACGGCAUACCGUUAAAGUCUCUACUGAGAUACAUGGCCAAUGACUGGGACGCAGUGACGACUAAUAUCGAACGAGAAACAAUGGUGAACACCGCGAGGAUCACUAGAAAGAUUACAAUAGGAAGCACAUUGAUGGUCAACAUCGUAAUUCUCGCUUUUGUGCCUGCACGAUUGUCUAGCAUGAAAAAUAACGACAUUACACUAUUCCUUCGUGGUUAUUUCCCAUACAACACUAGCAUCAGUCCAAAUUUCGAAUUGACGAUGAUCGGUCAAUACGUGGCUGCCAUUUAUGCAGCGAAUACGUACACAACUGUAGAUACUCUCGUUGUCCUACUGAUUUUCCACGUCUGCGGACAGCUUUCGAUUUUGAGGCAAGAUUUAGGGAGGAUUGAUUCGUACGAUAAGAAAAAUAUAGAAAUGAAGAUGCAGAAGAUUGUCGAAAAGCAUGAAUAUAUAAAUAGGUUCGCGGGAAGGAUAGAGAAUUCCUUUAACAUGAUGCUUCUGUUUCAAAUGCUGAGUUGCACCAUUCAGAUAUGUUCUCAGUUUUACCAAGUUAUGAUGUCGUUAGGAGAGAAUACAGUGGAAGACAUGAUUUUUCAAAUUUCGUUCUUAUUGAUAUACGUAUUUUACGUGAUGUUGCAACUGUUCCUAUAUUGUUACAUGGGAGAAAAACUAGCAGCCGAGAGUACAGAAAUAGCUAACAUAGCCUACAGUACAAAAUGGUACAAUUUAUCUCCCAAGAAUGCAAGAUGGCUUGUAAUUAUUAUGUGCCGUGCCACGUCUUCACCCUUACAAAUUACAGCAGGCAGAUUUUGUUCCUUUACUUUUGCGCUUUACUGUCAGGUAAGUGUAAACGAGUUAUAAUACAAUUUACAGGUAGUAUUUUUAUGUACUAUUAUUUCGGAAAUGAAGAUCAUUUUCGAUCCUUUAAAUAGACUGCUGCAUGUCUUUUUAUGUCAUAUGAAGCGAUUUGUGGAGACGAUGGGCUUAAAUAGCUGUAGCUGUGACACGUAUGUCACUAUCGUUUCUAAAAGAAUACUGCAAGUAUAAAAAAG